AUGAUCACCAUGACCCAGGAGUGUUUCUCAAGCCCCCUGGCAGGGGGUUCUCCCAUAAUAUCCCUCUUAAGAUCACAAAGACCCAACCCCACCUUCCUGGAGGAUGACACCAACUCCCACAACAACUCAUCCUCUGAUCUUCUAGGCCUGAUCAUUACUUUGAAAACCAUGAGGCUUCUUGCAAGGGCAGCUGGCUGGCACAGUAGCCAAGUGUUGCUCUGUCUUGAGCAGCCCAGGAGGGCUUCUGUCCUGACAUGCACUGCUCUUAGCAAAGGGGAGCCUCGGUCUCGGAGGCCAUGCUCCCCAGAAGCUAGCGGUAGGGCCUGGUAG